GCACUCACAAGCCAAUAACGGCGGGAGGAACUGGCUACCCCUGGAGCGGCUAGAGCCUAGCCGAGCUCGCGAGGCGGCGGCGGCGGCGGAGGCGGCGGCAGUGGCGGCAGACCGUGCGGCGUCUAGAGUUAUAAGGCUGUCUGCAGAGCUUUGAAAAAUGGCGACGAAUGAAAGUGUCAACAUCUUUAGUUCAGCAUCCUUGGCUGUGGAGUAUGUAGACUCACUUUUACCUGAGAAUCCUCUGCAGGAACCAUUUAAAAAUGCUUGGAACUACAUGUUGAAUAAUUACACAAAGUUCCAGAUUGCAACAUGGGGAUCCCUCAUAGUUCAUGAGUUCCUUUAUUUCUUCUUCUGUUUACCUGGAUUUUUGUUUCAAUUUAUACCUUACAUGAAAAAGUACAAAAUUCAAAAGGAUAAACCAGAAACAUGGGAAAACCAAUGGAAAUGUUUUAAAGUACUUCUCUUUAAUCACUUUUGUAUCCAGCUUCCUUUGAUUUGCGGAACUUACUAUUUUACGGAGUAUUUCAAUAUCCCUUAUGAUUGGGAAAGAAUGCCAAGAUGGUAUAUGCUCUUGGCAAGAUGCUUUGGCUGUGCAGUGAUUGAAGACACCUGGCACUAUUUCCUGCACAGGCUCUUACACCACAAAAGAAUAUAUAAAUAUAUUCAUAAAGUUCAUCAUGAGUUUCAGUCUCCCUUUGGAAUGGAAGCUGAAUAUGCACAUCCUCUGGAAACCCUAAUUCUUGGAACUGGAUUUUUCAUCGGAAUCAUGCUUUUAUGUGAUCAUGUUAUUCUUCUCUGGGCCUGGGUGACCGUGCGUUUGAUAGAAACUAUUGAUGUCCAUAGUGGUUAUGAUAUUCCUCUCAACCCUUUAAAUCUCAUCCCUUUCUAUGCUGGUUCUCGGCACCAUGAUUUCCACCACAUGAACUUCAUUGGAAACUAUGCUUCGACAUUUACAUGGUGGGACAGAAUUUUUGGAACAGACUCUCAAUACGUUGCCUACAAUGAAAGGAUGAAGCAGGCUGAGAAAAAGACUGAAUAAAUACCCCAUUCCUGAAGAUACACAUUUUCCUGAAUUGAAGCUAGUAGCUAACAUUGCUUCUGGGGAGCAGAAGUAAACAUGUGUCUUGGCCACUCAGCGAUAAAAAGAACAUUAACAACCUUUAAUUAUCUUCCUAGUGGGAACUUCUAUAUAUUAAAGUACAGUGUCCAUGAGGAAGCUUUAAAGGCCAUGUUGCUAACCUGACAAAAAGGAUUUAAGUGAUGGAAGGAAUAUUAAUCCAUGUCUUUUCCCCCAGUGGUACCAUAGGCUGGAAGCUGAAGUUGAUCUGUAAAUCUUUUAAAUACAAAAUGGCCAUUUUAAGAACUCUUAGUAGUGGUGUUGGCCUCUUACUGAAUUUUAAACACUUCUUAGAAUUUGCUUAAAGAGCAAAUACCAUGGGUUAAACCACGCCGAUCCAAAUAGUGUGAGUGAGGCUGCCGAAUCCGAAAUAGCCAGCGCCAAGAACAGUCUGGGUGAUGCUCUUUCUUGGAGAAGUCCUUUUUGAUUGCAGUGUACUUCUGGUAUCUCUAAAUUAAGGCAUUUCUGAAUUGAUGUAAGUGGAAUAUUUUAGUGUAAAGGUUUUCAGGUUACUUGAAUUUUUAAAAAUUGAGCUAGCUUUCUGCUAUUUACCCUUUCAUUUUUGUAUAGCAAUUUUUCAUUAUCCUUAAAGCUGUAUCUGGAAACUUUGUGAACUGACUUGCUGUAUUUGCACUUGGAGCUAUUGAAUAAAAUGUGAUCUUGUUUGAUUA